AUGUCAGCAAGAAGUGAAAGAGCAUGUAUGUUAUGUGGGAUAAUUCAACCAUUCAGAAAGUUUGUUGAUUUUGGAUGUCCAAACUGUGAGAGUGUGUUACAUUUCCAAGAUAAUGAAGAUAAUCAAGUUCAAGAUUGCACAUCACCGUCGUUCGAAGGUUUGGUGGCAUUAGGAGAUGAAACAAAAAGUCCUGGGGGCGAGAGGCUCAGAAUUGAUUCAUUUGUCGCUGGAUUAUAUGCUGUCAAAAUAAAUGGUAAAUUACCACCUCAUAUUAUUGGUGAUUUGGCCGAUCAGAAUAUUAGUUAUAGACCUAGAGAUGGAAGUGCUGAAGAUUAA